AUGGCAUCGCCACAGCCUGUACGCAGUCCGCGCGCUGCAUCUCCUGCGUCAGCGCCACGCUCACCCGCACCUGCGCACACAGUUCUCGCCACCAUGACGCCAGUACAACCCGCACAUGAUUACUACCCACAUAAGGUCGAGAUGGACUCUGACGAUGGCUACCCUCCCGAAGCACACUCAUACCGCCACUCACCCCAUGAGCUCGCCGCUUAUGCCCCUGACAACAAAGUGCCCGUUCAACCCGAUGUUUACGAUCAGGGAAUGGAUUCCAUAGACGAAAAGACCCCCAUUGAUCUCAUUUACGAAGACGACAAGCAGACCGUUAUAUAUACAACAACACCAGACCAGAAGCGAGUAGAGAUGAUAAGUGGCCAACUAGAGGAUGGUCAGCUGGUGGGUGGUGGUGGACAACUCGUUGACGGCGGCGUGUCCGUAGUAGUGGGUCCUCCUGGACAAGGCACCGUCCUUGUUCUAGCAGAUCAUGUUGUCGAUGAAUUGGGACAAGUUAUCACAAUACCCAGGAGGCGCAAGGAGGUGAUGGAAGUCAGCGGAGAUUCGUGGCGUACGUACUAUUCAAGCGGAGCUGAGCACCCACUGAGCGCUGCAACGUCGGCAGUACUUGGGGUGGCGGAUGAGUCGCAGCCCCAGUCCCUUGUUACGGAGUACUACAAGUUGCCGCCCUUAGGCCAAGACGGACACCUCAAUCUGCAUAAAGAUGUCAAAAUCGAUGUCUGGCCGGCCGGCGGAGCGCUUAAAGCAGCCAAUGGCGCGCACGGGGCGGAGCUGGGCGAGCUCUCGGUCCUGCUUCACGCGGGGAGCGUGAAGCGCGAGCCUGAGGACCUCAGCCGCAAGGUGGUCGACGAGCCCGAGCCGCACGCGCUCAAGCCGCCGCGACAUAAGGUGGCGGUCGGCGAGCCCGGCGAAGCGGGAUCACCAUCACCGGUGCCAUCGCGGGCAUCCUCGGCCGGCUCACUUCUACCGGACGCGGCGAUGUACGCAGCGCAAAUGUUUGCACCACCAGGCACUCCCAGCCCUACUCCCUAUGGUGACCAAUAUUCUCGCCAACCGGCAACCUUUGCCGGCGAGCCAUAUUAUAGAGAAUACUUUGUCGGUGAUGGCUACCAGCAACGGAGUGCUCCUCCUUAUGCUGACACAGAGCCAGCUCCGGCAUCGACGUUCGGCGAGCGCUACGUAGCCCCUCGAUACCACAGCAAAAGUGUGAUAGCGGCUGCUGGACUCACCGUGGACCUGCCUUCACCUGACAGUGGGAUUGGAGCGGACGCUGUCACGCCUCGAGACCACACCGCCGUACAGCAGUCGUUCGAGUACACGGUAAUCUGCCAGCAGCCCGGCGUGGGUGAAGACGGGCGAGGUACCCCAUCAGCGCACCACUCGCCCGCGCAGCCGCCCCGCACGCGCCCUUGGCACGACUUCGGCCGACAAAACGACGCCGACAAGAUACAAAUAGCUAAACUGUUUUCACCGUACGGAUUCAAGUACCACCUCGAGACGGCCAGCAGCAGUUCACAGCGGCGCGAAGACGACCGCAUUACCUACAUAAACAAAGGCCAGUUCUAUGGGAUCACGCUUGAGUACAUCCACGAUCCAGACAAGCCCCUUAAGAAUCAAACUGUUAAGAGUGUGGUAAUGCUGAUGUUUAGAGAAGAAAAAUCCCCCGAAGAUGAGAUCAAAGCGUGGCAGUUUUGGCAUGGCAGACAGCAUUCCGUGAAACAAAGGAUACUAGACGCCGACACGAAGAACAGCAUCGGUCUCGCGGGUUGCAUCGAAGAAGUGGCGCACAACGCCAUUGCAGUCUACUGGAACCCUCUUGAAAGCGCUGCUAAGAUUAACAUUGCAGUUCAGUGCCUGAGUACGGACUUCAGCAGUCAAAAGGGUGUUAAGGGACUACCCCUUCACAUUCAAAUUGAUACAUUUGAAGAUCCAAGAGACACGCAAGUUUAUCACAGAGGAUACUGUCAAAUAAAAGUGUUUUGUGACAAGGGCGCUGAAAGAAAAACUAGAGACGAAGAGAGAAGAGCAGCAAAAAGAAAAUUAUCAGCUACAAAUAGAAAAAAGCUUGAUGAAAUAUAUCACCCUGUGACAGAACGAAGUGAAUUUUAUUCUAUGGCAGACCUCACGAAACCCCCAGUGCUGUUCAGUCCAGCUGAAGAUAUUGACAAAUUAGCUGGAAUGGAUAUUCAGGGUUUCUAUGGUCACGAUGAAGCAGCCUUAGCAGAAGCUCAUCUAAAGGGAGCAUCACCUUUCUUAUUACAUGCGGCGAAACCGCAAGUGCCUGCUUUGAAAUUUCAUAAUCAUUUUCCACCAGAUGCACCUGCCGAUCGCAAAGACUCCCUUGAAUUAGAGGGCGUGCUGGGAAAACGUGCGCGCACCAGUACGCCGCCCCUUAGCGAACGCGUCAUGCUGUACGUCCGUCAGGACACUGACGAUGUGUACACACCACUUCACGUUGCACCGCCCACCACGCAGGGCUUGUUACACGCUAUUGAGAAUAAGUACAAAAUUUCAAGUUCGGCAAUUAAUAAUCUUUAUCGAAAGAACAAGAAAGGGAUUACGGCCAAAAUUGAUGAUGAAAUGCUGGCGUACUACUGCAACGAGGACCUAUUUCUCUUGGAAGUGCGGCCAGCAGGCGCCAGCGAAGACGAGCCCUUGUACGACAUAACAUUCGUGGAGCUGCCGCUUGACCACUAG